UGGUGUCUUCAAAGAAUAGUACCAAUUGUAGCCGAUGACAAGUGCUCACUUCUUAAGUGUCAGGAUAGCUGGAAACUUCAUCCUGGUAAAGAAUCAUCCAAAGAUAUGAGAGCAAAACCCAGUUAAGUGUGAUCUUGCAUACAAAAUGAGUUAUCAAAUGGAAAGCAAUAAUAAGGUGAUCCUCACUGGCCGACCUGGAAGCAUCUCUGAUAUGUUAAUGUUGGAUGAUGACAAUGGGAAUGUUGUCAUUGCUGGGAUUAAUCAAGAUGACCCUAUUGUCAACAAUAUGGGACUUAAAGAAGGUGAUGAGCUUCUUGGAGCAACCAUUUUUUUCGAUAAUCUACACAAGGCAGAAGUACUUAAUAUCCUGAAAGCUGCAGAACCUUACAAAGCUGGUCUACAACUGCAUACAAAAAGUGAUUUCUCACUCCCUCAAUCCAGCCCAUACACUUUGAGAACAGAAAAUGUGGCAAUUAAACCUUCAGCAUAUGAUGAUCUUUUCAACAAUAAGAUACGUCGAUACCUUAAAGGUUCAGUUUCUAUGCAAGAUUUGUCCAAGACAAGCACACCUGGUGGACAGUUUAAAUCCACAACACCAAGCUACAAAUUGAAUACAUAUAGUUCAUCAUCAGAUCAUUUGUUUGAUGUUCCAUCUUUAGGACUGCCCACUCCUGAAAUACUUGGAGAAAUCAGUACACCACACAUCAGUAUGAAUGGUUCCCCAAGUAAAGAAGAUAGAUCACAAAUUCAGAUGCCAUCUGUUAAUAUUUCAGGUAAACAAAAAAAUGCACCAAAUUUAGAUAUAGGUUUAAAAACACCUUCAGUUAACAUUUCACAAAAACAGAAUCUUGAUGUUGAUGUAAAUAUCCCCAGUGUGAAGAUUCCUAAAGCAGAAAUAGAUGGAAAAAUAAAGGCUCCAGAUGUGGAACUAACAGCACCAACUGUAUCAGGCAAAGUGAAAAUCCCUGAGGUAGAGGUAGCCGAACCAAAUGUUAAAGGGCCAAAGUUUAAAGUACCUUCACUUAACCUUUUUCAUUCAAAAAAAUCAGUUCAAGAGGCUCCAGAAUAUGAAGCUAAUAUGCCAAAUGUUCAGGUUCCCGAUGUCAAUAUGGCUCUCCCAAAAAUAGACAUACAAGCUCCAAAGUUUAAAGGUGCAAAAGGAGACAUUACAGGUCUAAAACUGAAAGGGCCAGAAGUAAAUGUUGAUUUACCAAAAGCUAAUAUAGGCUCAAUCAAAUCUGACCUAGAGGGCCCCAAAUUAAAGGGACCACAACUUAAUGUGGAUCUUCCAAAAAUUGGUGUGAAAGGUGCUAAGUUACCUGAUGCAGAUAUAAGCUCACCAAAGCUGCAAAGUACAGCAGUAAAUUUUGGCCUUCCAAAAGCUGAUAUACAAGUUCCAAAACUGAAAGGUCCAGAAGUGAAUAUUGACCUUCCUAAAGCAGGCAUCAAAAUGGUAAGAGGUCCAGAUGUCAAUGUGGAUCUUCCUGAUCUAGAUUUAAACAGCCCACAACUGAAAGGACCAGAAAUAAAUGCAGAUUUACCUAAAAUUGGAGUAAAAAGUACAGACUUUUCUGGUAUGAAUGUUAACCUACCAAAUCCUAAAAUACAAAUUCCAAAAUUGAGAGAUGUGGAUGGGAAUAUCGAUCUUCCUAAAACUGAUAUCCAUGUUCCAGAAGGUGCAGAUGUAAAUAUUGCUGACAUUAGAAUUCCAAAUGUAAAUGUUGGUUUUCCCAAGACUAAAACACAAAUGUCAAAAUUUAUGGGUCCAGAUGUGACUGUUGACUUACCUCAAACUGACUUCAAAACUACAAAGAUUAAAGGUCCCAAUGUGACUAUUGAUCUUCCUAAAACUGAUCUUCAAAUGCCAAAGAUCAAGGGUCCAAAUAUGAAUGUUGACCUUCCAAAAGCAGGUAUCAACAUUCCGCAACUGAAAACGCCAGACGUAAAUAUAGACCUCCCUGAGGUAGGCAUAAGCAAGGGAAAGUUAAAGAGUCCAGAAGUAAAAGUUGACCUACCUACAGCAGAUUUACCAAAAUUAGAUUUGAAUACUCCAAAACUAAAAGGCCCAGAGGCUAAUAUAAAAGCUCCCAAACUAAAAGGACCAGAUGUUAAUCUUGAUUUACCUAAAUUUGAUUUAAAGGCUCCGAAACUGAAAGGCCCAGAGGUCAGUGUUGACCUCCCAAAAGCUAAUAUAAAUAUUCCAAAACUGAAUGGUCCAGAAGUCAAUGUUGACCUUCCAAAAGCCGAUAUAAAAAUUCCAAAACUGAACAGCCCAGAUGUUAAUGUUGAUCUGCCUAAAGGUGGAAUAAAAAUGCCAACACUUAAAUCUCAAGAUGUGAACCUUGAAGUUCCAAAAGCAGACAUAAAGCCAAAGUUUAAAAUGCCUUCAUUUAAUUUCUUUGGGAGCAAAAAAGGAUUUCCAGAUGCUGAGCUAAAUCUAAAAGCUCCACAUGUUAAAACUGGAACACUCGAUUUAAAGGGGCCCAAAUUUGAUGUAAAUACACCUAGCAUGAAUAUGUCAGGUCCAAAACUAAAGGGGGACAUUUCAAGUCCAGAAGCCAAUAUUGAGCUACCAGAAGCAGAUGUGAAGGGUCCCAAAUUUAAAAUGCCUAUUUUCAACAUGAAUACAACAAAAAUGAAAAUGCCCUCUUUCCAGAUGUCAGGGCCAAACAUUAAUGCCCCGAAUGUAAAUGCUGAUGCUUCUUUAUCUACUCCAAAAUUAGAUGUCAAUGCACCUCAGAUAAACAUAAAAGGUCCUGAAACAGAUCUAAGUGCCCCAAAGUUUAAAAAGCCAUCAUUUAAUUUUCCUUCAUUUCAGAUGAAAGGCUCAAGUGUAAAACCCCCUAAUUUGGAUAUUGAUGCAUCGUUAAAAAGUCCAGAAGUGGAAAUGAAUGCACCUGAAAUUAAUUUUAAAGGUCCGGACACAAAUCUAAAUGCCCCCAAAAUAAAUCUGCCAUCAGUUGAGAUGACAUCUUUCCAAAUGUCAGGUCCCAAGGUCCAAAUUCCAGAUAUUGAUGCAUCUUUAAAUGCUCCAGAACUAAAUAUAAAAGCACCUGAAAUGAAUGUUAAAGGUCCAGAUGCAAAUGUAAAUGUUCCAAAAUUUAAAAUGCCCUCAUUUCCGAUUCCAUCUUUCCAAAUGUCUAGCCCAAAGGUUGCAACUCCAGAUAUAGAUGUUGAUGGGUCUUUAAAAUCUGCACACCUUGAUUUAAAGGCACCUAAAGUUAAUGUUAAUGUUCCAGAAGCUCAGAUAAAAACCCCAAAAGUGAAUGUUGAUGGUCCUAACUUUGAUAUUCCAGCCCCAGAUGCAAAGAUAAAUGCACCCAAAUUUAAAAUGCCUCAAUUUCAGCUACCCUCUUUUCAAACAUCUGUUCCAAAGGUCCAAAUUCCUGAUGUUGAUGCAUCUGUAAAGGGUCCUCAAGUGGAUAUUAAUGCUCCUCAAAUUAAUGUUAAAGACCCAAGUAUAAAUGUAAAUACCCCUAAAUUUAAAUUACCAGAAUUUCAAAUGCCUUCCUUCCAAAUGCCUGGUUCAAAGGUUAAAGCUCCAAAUAUAGACAUUAAUGGAUCCUUCAAAACUCCAGAAGUGGAUGUAAAUCUACCUAGCCCUGAUGUUAAAAAUCCAGAUGUACAGUUUAAAGCAUCAACGUUAAAAAUGCCAUCUUUUCAAGUGACAGGUCCAAAUGUCCAGCCUCCAGAUUUAGAAAUAGAUGGAUCUUUGAAUUCCCCAAAAGUUGAUUUAAAUGCUCCACAGUUAAACAUGAAAGAAACUGAGUGGAAAAUAAAUCCACCCAAAUUUAAAAUGCCCUCUUUUAAUCCUUCAGGUGUCAGUAUUAAUGAACCAGAUAUAAAUGCAGGUGGAAAUGUCAAAAACCCAAACAUUACAAUACCCCAAAGUUCUCUAGGAAACAAAGAUGUAAAGAUAGGAGCAUCAAGUGUCGAAGUCAAAGAGUCGAAAUUCAAAUUUCCAUCUUUGCGUAUAUUUCACCCUAAGGGUAACAUACCAGAUGUUGAUUUAGGCUUUAAUUCUGCAAAUAUGGAUGUCCCUUAUAUUCCAAAAGUACAAGGCAGUGCUACAUUACCUAAUAUGAAUGUUAGUGCACCCAAUGUCAGUCUUAAGACUUCAGAUAAAAAAAUGACUAUGCCAAAACUUAAAAUGCCAACCUUUGGAAAAUCUCGUUCAGAGGACUUUGAUUUUAAACUUAAAGCACCUGAUGCAUCAUUGCCAAAAGCUAGCAUGGAAGUGCAAAGCCCAGAGCUGAAUGCAAGUUUGCCAAGUAUUAGUGUAAAACCUCCAAAAUUUAAAAGUCCAGAGGCGGAUUUGAAAGUUCGGGUUCCAGAGCUGGAAAGUGCAAUCAAUGUACCAAAUGUUCAAGCAAAAGCUCCAAAAUUAACAAUAGAAAACACAGAAGGGAAUAUCUCAUUACCUUCUGCUAAUGUAUCUGGUCCUGGAAUUGAAAUACCUAACAGUAGAAUAAAAGCACCAGGUUUGAAGAUUUCCACACCUCAAAUAAGUGUACCUGACUUCACAAUGGAACCAACCUCUGCUAAUAUCAGAGCACCAAAAAUAAAAGCUCCAAAUGUCAAUAUUUCUGGUCCAAAGCUGACACAUGAUGGAUUAGACGGUAUGGAUAUAGAUGUAGAUUGCCCAUCUACAAAUGUUAAUGAGCCAAAGUGGAAGAAACCAUUCCCAGGUCAAACGGAAGGCCCUACUAUAGAUACUAGCAUGCCACAAAUGAAAAAUGACCUUAAAAUAUCAGCACCAAAGAUGCAAAGUUAUCAAAAUGAUUCCACCUUGGAUAUAAAUUUACCAUCUGUACAAGUAAAUCCUCCAAAGUCGAAAAAACCUUUCUCUGGGCAAACAGAGGAACCAGGUGAAGAUGUAAAUGUUGACGUGCCUCCUGCUAACAUAGAUAUAGACCUUAAUUCACCUCUGAAAAAGGACACUUUCCAGUCAAAGUUUUCCUCCAUCUUUUCUGAAAAUAUGUUCUCUAUUCCUGAUGUCUCAUUUGACAUCUCUCCCACAAAUCUAGACAAAUCAUAAGUUUUCUUAAAUAUUUAUAUUGUCCAAUGCAAUAUAAAAUGUAAAAAGCAACUGCAUUAGCUAGUCAAGUACAGACUAAUGAUAAAGUUAAUGUUACAAAUACUUUUCUAAAAAAAAAACAUUCAUUGAAUAGUAAGGGAAACUUCAGG